AUGGCAACUGUCAAGACCAUCCCCCCCGGAGCAACUUUCAUCGAUACGCUCGAUAAAUCCUUCGUGGACGUCCCCGUCAACAAGGAAAAAGACAAUGCGAUUUCCACGACUGAGUUUCUCCAAGCUGCAGAUUCUCUCACUACUCUCUUUGAUGUGAUGGGAUCCGUAGCAUUCAACCCCGUUAAGAACGACAUGGGUGGUAACAUCAAGAAACUCCGCGAGAGACAACUCGCUGCACCAGCAGAAUCAGAGACUCUUCAAGACUUAGUCAUUAAUGAGCUCAAGACCAAGAAGCACACUGCUACUGAAGGAUUAGUCUGGUUGGUUCGAAACACUCCCCCCCCACCUCACAGCGGUUUAGACUUCACCUGCAUCGCAAUAUCGCAAAACCUCUCCGCGCCCUCCGAUGAACUCUCCGUCUCCUUCCGCAACGCAUACGGCGAAACCCUCAAACCGCACCACUCUUUCAUGGUAAAACCUAUAUUCAGCGCCGCCAUGUCCGCAUGUCCUUACCGCAAAGAUUUAUACGUCAAGCUUGGCGAUGACAAUUCGAAAGUGGAGGCUGCGUUGAGAGUUUGGUUGGGUGCCUUGGAGAAUUUGAUCGCUAUUUUGAAGGGGUUCUUGGACAGGAAGGAGGCUAAGUGGUAG